AUGACAGAAUUGUCCGCCUCAUACAAGGAGCUCUCUAUCAUAACUGCCUGCGCCUUCGGCGUCUUCUUGCUAAGCUUCUUCUGCCUCAACUACCACUACACUCGUAAAAUUCGCGGUCGAAAUGCCCAGGCCGCCGAUGGUCUCUACGCUGCAGAACAGACGCUCAGGGAACUCCAGCAGAAGUAAGUGUUUGGAUUUCUGUUCCUUUUCUAUUCGGUUGGCCGUUGUUUUGGUCGGUGCCAGAGUGCAUUGUCACACAGUGACCUUGUGUGACUGUCCAGCCCUCGAUGAGUCAUGCGGAACGUCCUGUAGGUGUCUGACGGACAGCCAGUGCCAACCUGGUGUUGCAGGCCAACUUUGAAAUGAUCUUCACCAGGUGCGCUUCAAUGCUUUUGUACACCAGACUGACUUGCGCUACCCCGUAGGGUCACACGAAGGCAAAAACUCGCAGGCAGAUUGUCAGGGGCGACCAUUUGUCCUUUUCUUUCAUCGAAAGGAUUUGAGGACUUUGAAAAACACUAAUCUGAGAAGCCGUGAAUUCGAUAGAAACGGUGAACAGUCUACUUAUCAGUAUGUUGUUAUAGUUGUUUCCCAUGUAUGAUAGUCGCAUUUGCAACUUUUUUUCCACCAUAGAUAUCUUGGUUUUCAGUGGGUCUUCCACCAUAUUUGUAGAUUUAAAAGUCUCCCGAAAAUCAUUUUAUGAUCUUACUAGUUCUCUCUUCUGAUUUCUGUACCACUGCUGAUUGAUCGUGUACAGUAAAGCUAAUCUAGAAUUCCACUGCUCCUUAAAAUUCCCUUAUUAUAAGAAUUGUGGCGCUGAAAAGGGGUUUCCAAUCUUCUACUUUUCUGUAUUUCCACACGAAAAAUUCACUUUAAUGCACAUAACAAACGGUUUAAGGGGUCGGCUGUUUGCCUCCCAAGCUGUGGGGCAAGGAAAUGUUGGUAUUCGGGUUUUUCAAGAGUUGGACCUUUUAAGACGAGAAACGCAGGGGUCUGGAGUAUGGAAAAAGUCGAAAAUCGCAUUUGCGCCGUAUGCCGUUUUAGUAUGCUAAGGAGGCGCCGAAAUUAACCCGCGUAAAAUGAGAUAUUCUUAGAGCAAGGUUUAGGAGGGAGGGCAUUCAUCUGAUCGUCAAGUGUAUGGGCAACACGGAAAAAGUAAAGUCCUUGACGUAUUAGUGGGCCGUAACAAAUAUUUGGUCCGUGGAAUUUACGGCGAAUUUUUAAGAAAAUCCUAUGGACUGUUCAGGAAAGUAAAUUUUUCCCUGCCCUUCGGUCAGAGGCUGCAUCCCAUUUCUCUUCUGACGGAGGGUUACGAAACAGUGAGAGUUGCCAAACUGUCCUUUUCAUGUUCCUUCGAAAAAUGUUUCUGACUGAGCAGUAAUUUCUUUUCCCUUGGUCUCAAAUCUCGGAAUAUGACUGACAUUUGUUUUCGUCCCGUGACCCAACCUAUUCUGACAGAUCUGCUAUUUGUUAUAGAUAGAUAGAUAAUUUUUAUUAAAGACCCGUCGGGGUCCCAUCAAAGCAAGUUAAAAUAAAUUUACAUGCGAGUUUUAGACGAGGUAGGCCGAAUCUUUACAAAAUGCAAUUCAUAGUUUCUGAAUUAGAAGUCCAUUGAGAAACAUGAUGAUUGAGGGGUGAAAGAAAAAACUCCUUAAAAAAAUAAAAAUGACUGGAUUAAUUUUACAGGAAAAAAAACCCCUCCAUAAAAAUAAUAAGUGAAAAAAGCGAGCAGGACUGGCCUGUAGGUGGCGGUAUAUAACGGAAUGUUUUCGGUCAUCGUCAGGGUAGCAAUAAAUGUCCGCCUUGAUGGGUACGAAUGUGGGUCAGACAGGACUGGCUUGCAAAUGGUAUUGUAUACGGGAUUCACAAUUGAGAUCGUCUGGGCCGGAUUGGUACGCCGCGUCAAAGAGGCCAGACGAGAGGAACUGAGAUGCGAUCAGCCACAGCACGCUUCGAGCUCAGCCGAGCAGUGAGGAAGGGAGGUACGACCGAACUACUAGUAGACAGUGAAUACUGAGGGUUCCGCCGUGAGCGUCGACAGACCGCAUGAGGUCGGAAUGCGGGAGAUGACAUCAGAAACCGCGAAAAUCCAUUCAACUCAUCUGUACACGGCAUGUCUGUAAUUAUGCAUCACUCAACCAGUCUUGACGAUGUUUCUUGGUGGGUUGCAAUCUGUGGCAACGGAUGCGAAGUGUUCUGCCCACCGUUUUCCCCGAUGCGGGCAACAGAAUACUUAAGGUUCAACAACUACCUCUAUGCCUUGACGAAAUGCGUUAGGCCAAGUUCUGAAUUGGCAUUCUCCUUGCCGAUGUUUUUUGCCGAAAUACCAUCUGGUUCCAUUAUCCACCACAAAGACUCACGAAGAACGAAAUCGAGCGUCGCAGCGAGAUUAGUACGACGGUCAUCGUUUGUCGGUAGCCAUGGCGGUAUCCAAGAAUGCCUCACAGUGCAGGUAUGUAGUCAAUGCGUCCACUUCCAGUUCGGAACCCGACUUGACUGGGUCCUGUACUAGAAUACCGCGCACACGCCGAAGCCGUCCGCAGCUGACGACGGGAAGGACUUUUACAGCAAUAUCGACCAGACUUAUGCUAUGAUAGCGUUCUCAGUUUCCUCAUUUCGCUAAAUUAAGACAGACACAGGGACAGUCAAGCCCAGUCAUCAGAAACGAGUUCGUCUCCCAUUGUUUCCUUCGUCAACUUGUGAGGCCACUGCGUCAGGAUGUCUAUACAGGAGUCGUCGACUCCAGCGUAGAUACCGUCCUCUCUGAACGCCUUGUUUGUUGCGCAGCCCCAUUGCUGCAUUAAAAACAACUUCCUUAGAAGGAGGGUUACAGGACACUGCAUAAGGUGGAGGUACGUAAAGUAUCGCUGCGGAGAGAGUAUGUGGUGAUAGGUUGGUCAUCCUAUUUGCGAAGAAUUUCAAGGUGAGAUCGGAUUUCUAUCUUCAGAGCCUCGGCUGUGCCGAGCUGUUGUAAUAUUGGGACAUCGAAGUGUCUUGCACGUGGCGAGAGGUGAACUCCUAGAGCUCUGCAGACGAGAACAUAGGCCGACCAACAGGCGUUACCACCUUCAACACUACUCAUCGAUCUGCUAUUAUGAUCCCAAUUCAGGAACAUUGAACUGACUAAAAUGUAGUCAGUCUGACUGGCAGUGCGGCCAUGAUUUGACUAUUACGCCACCAGACCUUUUUGGCGCUGCUGGAAACACUCGUUACUGACAACUAACUAGUUCUGAUCAAUAAAGCUCAACGCCCAACAUUGUCUCACUGAGGCCCAAACCGAAAGUAACCAAAAAUACGGCCGUUUCAAGAGUCACCUAGCGCAGUGCGGUCAUUGUAGUCCCCGUCAACGAAUCUGUCGAUCACGUCGUUGGGGAGGGUAUUUCGGUCAACUCUUGCAUCAGCAAGUAGAGGGCUUCCCUAUCGAACUGGCCGACACAGAUGACGGGUAUGUUAUUAAAGUGUCCCUUCAGUCGUACGUAAAACAGCUUCUUCUCCCUCAAGCAGUCCAGGACUCGCUGGUUGCGAGUGUGCGAUUGUAACGGUGUCUAGUAGAAGGGCUGCGUGGGCCGAUGUAAUGCACAUGUACGGUAGAUGUGUUAUUUCAUGAACCAUUACCCGAGAUUCUGAAAUACGUUUUUAAUUCAGGAAGAUUGCUUUCGAUGGGAUGUGGUAUAUAUUAUCAUGUCAAAUAGUACCAAGAUAUCCCAACCACGUCAGGAUGCCAGCUUUCGAAUGAGCUCCUUGUCGAUCGCUUGCAUAGACUGUAUUCCUUAGAAAUGGCCACUUAAGUAGCGUGAACUUUUACUAUCCAUUUUUGAUGCCCUUGUAGAUUCAAAUAUAGUUUAGCUUUUUCAAGACUGCGAAGUGUCCAGUCUUACAUUAUCUCGUCAGCGCACUUCAUAAUGCUACUUAUAAAGAGGACAUAUAUGUCCUCGUCGUAAUUACAUGUAGAAAUAUAUGAUUUUACCUGCACGAAAAGUAUACAGUUGGUUGUUCGGAAACCCUAAAUUCAAGUGUAACUGCAAGUAGGAUUCGAAAUCAUUUAGGAAUUGAGAAGAUUUUUUAAAAUCGGAAGAUACUCUUUCGUCAAGCAUUAAAUUUGAAAAAGACAAUUUUCUACUAAAUGUGUGAAAAAGAAUAUUUUUGUGCAUGCUUCCUAGAAUGAUAAAUUCGAAUUUGUAGAGGUAUCAAAAAUCAAUAAUAGAAAUUCAUGCGGCAACGGUAGGGCGAAGGACCCCACUUAACUGUCGGUAGGCUGUGAAUCGUGUUAUAUGGGGUUUUAUGGUGGUAUGCGUUUGCAGGUCGCUGCAAACAUUACACCGCCAGCAGCAAAUACUUCCCAUUAGCGCAAACCCUUAGUUAAAUGCCGUUGUUUUCAAAAUUUGCUUUUUGUUUAUUUUUUAAUUAACGUGCUCACUCCUGUCGCCAUACGAAAGCAUACGAUAAGACUUUCGACAGAAAUCCAGACCAUUUUUGUGCCUUCCUGCAUUUUGUCAGCUUAUUGUCUGGUGCGCUGCCUCACCCGUAAAACCUCUACCACCGUGCCCGUAUGACACGAUCCAUAGUCUACCGACAGUUAAGUGGAUUCCUUCACGCUACCGUCGCCAUUCAUGCUACUUAAGUAGUCAUUUUUACAGAAUAUAGUUCAUGCAAGCGGUCUAUAAGGAGCUCAUUCGACAGCUGGCAUCUUGGAGCUCAUUCGAAAGCUGGCAUCUCAGUCAACAUCCCUUGAGAUAGAAUAUCUACUGUAGGUGAGGUUUGAUCCCAGGAUCUUAACUCCUCGCUGGUUUAAUUCGGGGAUUCAAACUUCAGACAGUUAGUGGACAUCUACUAUGUACGAAUGCAAACUCCUCUCCGACAGACUUUUGGUACCACGGUUGAUGAAUGCUCGCAUGUUCAGCACCCGAUGUGAAGAGUUCGUUCUUGUUGCCCCGCACUGCUGGACCAGGCUUUGGGAGUGUGGCAUUCUUAGUACUUACGGCGGAUCCCCAGGAGUUCAAGGUCGUUUGCUCUACCGCUUUGGCUCUAGAACCUAAUGGCAGGACAAGAGUGGCAAGUAAAGUUAUUCAGUUACGCUCCACAGUCGUUCUUCCUCUAGAAUACCCGUUUCAAUGGCGGUUUCGCUCUUAGUUUUUUCAUCGCGAUUUAGAAGAGCUUUUAGUGGCUUCUGUUUUGCUAAUACUUAUCCCUCCAUCCCUUGUGGGUGCAAAAAAUUAAUCAGCGCUCCCAUUUUUCCCACCGUACUACCUCCUUCAUCCCUUGAAAUCAAGUUUGAUGACUUGAUUAGGCAGAUUGCCUCCUGUUAGCUUGGUUUGCAAACGUCCGAAAUCAAAGUGACGGUCAGCCAUAUAGUGGAAGAUUAUUAGAAAACGCGGUCGACUGUUUAAUCUACGACCUCCUAUUCUCCGAACCCAAGAGCCUACUUAUUUACCAGCUUAACUUAGCUAAAGGCUGUUUGUCUGUCCGCCACUUGUGCACGCGUUGGGUUGCUGUCAGCCAUGCUAACAGACAUGCCUCGUCUUACGGGGACUUGUCUUGUCGCUGUCCCUCACGGCAUUAAUUAUUCUUUUGUGAUAGAAAAGUUGGUAUUCCAUCUAUCACGUUGAUCUGAAGAGCCAUUUUCGCAAACUUGCACGAACAGUUGUUUUAUGGCGCAAACAUACGGAGCCAGCCCUGUUUGGGGAUUGUAUAAGUUUGCGGAAUUUUUGCGAUCUGUUGUGACACAACGUUACAAAGAGUGUCUGGGGUUUGUUAGCCGUCGCUCAACCACUUAACGAAUUCUUUCGUGGCAAUUGGGCCGCUUGGACUCUUUGAACGAAAUUUCACCCCAUUUUGACUAGGAAAUGUUGCUGGAACUUUUACAAUGUUUCAAAUUUAACUAUUUUCUGGCACACUUUCAUAAUCGUGAGCUGCUGAUCUGCUUCAUCACUUGUUUGACAAAAUGCAGCUUUCGGAUGAGGUUUUUUCAUACCCCCACCUCCAGCUGACUUUUAUGUCUCAUAGUUUUCUGUUACUACUUGCCUGCUUUGCAUACUAUGCGAACCUCCAACAGCACUCGCGAUUAAGGCCAUUCCCUCUUAAGGGAGAUUUAGCUGUCUCGUGCAACCCAUGUAACCAUCAACAAGUGCUAUGUAUGGUAGCCAAUUACCUGACUCAAGUUAUAUAAGGACUCUCGCAAAAAAGUGUUUGGUGUCCUUCAAUUUUUUUGCGUUGUCUAUCUAAUACCCUCAACUCUGUGUAAGCCCCGUCUAUCAAACACAGUGAGUAUUUAACAGUCUGUGGUGCGUAGAACUCUGGUCCCUGGUUUGUCCAAAAAAAUAUCGAACUUCGCCGUUUUAUUACCUACCCCUUGUCUUCGACCAAUUAACGUUCAGCAUGGGCUACUACUAUCUUUCUGUAUUUGCUGUGAUUUCCGGCCUGUUGCUAGCAAAUACCCCAUUACGGGUAGAAGCGCGUUGCACUUCGCUGGGCGAACUCUUCCCGGGGACUUAUCCAGAUCACUGGAUAUUAAGAGUCAUUGGCUGCGCUUGCCAGUUUGCCGUUCGAAAUUAGCUCUAUCCCUGGGCUAUAGGCUGACGAAAUGCCUUUUUAAAUUGCUACUAAUAGUCGUAUGAGCAUCCUCUUUGACUACUGCUGUGGCAUCCUAUCCUUACAUUCAAGGCGAAGAAGCGAAGUGGUUGAUAAAGUGAAUCUUAACAUGGCGACUGAGUACGUGCCCACGAUGGCAGAGUUUAAGCAAUGUUUACAAGUUCGCUGGCUGGAUCUCCUCGAACUAGCGGUGUGAGAAAUAGCUCCUUCUCAGCCUUUAGCAAAUCCGUUUUUUGGGGGACGCUCUUCCGUGUAUUUCAUGACAGAUUUAUCGGGGAAGCCAUUGCCAACUGUCUGAAUAAGUUGGUCUAUGCAUCCGCAUCUGCUCUGCUGCAGUGACAGGACAAAGGCGGGCAAAAUAAAAUGGACGGUUAUCGACGCCUUCGCGCAUACGCGCACCACUCGCGUGCUGGUCACUACACGUGCGCGAAUAGGGAUCUACGAUAGAUUCUCUGAUCCCUCUCUACACCCCCCAUCUCGGAUGUUUUGUUGACUCGUCAAAUUUCCAGUCCAGAAUUCCACAUUUUGUUCGUUGUUCCCUUCAGUAAAGUGCACUGUGGUAGGGGGCGCUCACCGAUCGUUCUUACGGAACUCACUCGUUCCGUUGUGCCUUACGGGCUCUCUCUCUAGCCCAGUCAGCAGCCGAACAGCGGCGCAUAUAGGCAGAAUGGCAUUACCGACAAAGACAAGGGAGACUGGAAUGGCCAUUUCUGGCUUAUCAGCCGUCGUCAGCCAGUCAUACCCAACCCCGAAGUUUGGAACACCCGAGGCAGUGCAGGGCACCCCAAAUGUACUGUCCCUGAAUACGCCGUCCGAAUUAUCUGGUGUGGGACUUGUGCCUCCUGUACAUGCAGAAAUAUCAUUGUAAUUACUUCAAACAAGCUCUUUACCUCCAGCACUUAAUCACAUAAGCGCUUGAGUUUUCUUCGAUAAUGUCCCUGAGUGUAAAAUGUGUAGUACCGACAAGGGCAAGGUAGACUUGGAAAUCCAUUUCAGUCGUAUAGUAAUCUUACCCUAUCUCAGAUUUGCAGGACUUAAAAUUCGAGCCCGAAUUCUUUGAUCAUUGAACGUUAUUACUUUCAAUGCUUUACUAUUCAGCCACAGGUCCGCCAUCCCGUCGGUUGCGAUCGAUUGUCGGCACUCAUUCGUCUGCAUGAUUACUGAGUUCCAUGCGAUUGUGUACGAGACCGCAAACCGCAGCGGAAGAAGCAUAUCCCGUAACGAUAGUGAACACUUCUGACAGCGAUCGACGGAACAGUGGACCCGUGGCUCAAUGGUAGAGCGUUUGACUUAAUAAUGACCCGUAACCAAGCGAUCAGGGUCCGAACCCCAGGGCCCUUCAAACCGGUGGUUGUGGAAGGUUGGCCGUCGACGGCUAAUAAGCCAAAAAUUGGCGUCCAAGUCUCGUCUUUGGAGUACUGCUCCUUCUGCAUAGUCUCUUGUUACCAUGCGACUGCCUGCGAGAGCUCCAAAUUGAACCCCAAGGCACGAUUGAGUGGUCAUAUCCUGUAACCUGAUCGGUUGACGCACUUCUAUCACAGUUUCUGAAUGUGUCACAGCAAAAUUUAAUCGUGGAAAAUAGUAAAGAUACUGUACAUACUGCCUUAAAUGUUGGGAGGUCGUACGCAAUGGAAUUGCCGUCCCUUUACCUAAAACCGUCUGAAAUUUUACAUUGCCCUGAAAGGCAGUUCAAGUCACUUGCGAAUAUCGCUCAGCGGUCUGUGUUGAGUGCAAACGAACAUCUGCUUUACUUGAGAGCUCCUAUCCUGAAGCCUAUCUAGUCUGCUGUGUGACAGCGGGCAGCCAGUCCUCGAGAAGUUUUUCAGUCUGUCUGUAAGCGCAGUAGUGUUCGCUUUUCCCCUUAAAACCUAACAACAGCCGACUUUUCUCAGGCCUAGGGCUGUUGAGAACCCGACCAGUGCGUGUUGACAGGAUCUGCACUAGCCGCCUUUGCAUAUGCGCAAGCGAAGAAACUUUUAGCGAAUGCGAAUCUUCCGGGUAAAGGUGACAUACUUUAUGGCAUAGAGCAUAGCAUUCUGAAAGACGGGAAGCCUACACGUUCCCUUAUAUCUGUUCUACGCGUUUUCUACAUUGUUAUCAUUUUCCCGUAGUUAUUUAGUCCGAUACGAUUAGUUAGUUCAAAUCAACGAAGUUUCUGAAAGUCGAUUUUCGUCUGCCGUUCAUUUCCGUACCCAGUGCCCAAAAGCCUGAACUUCUGUUCUGAACCCUACCUCGACAAGCAUGCCUCCUUGCGGCAGAUCGACUUUUUUUCCUUAUCGAGGGAUGUCCAUUUACUAAGACCAAUGGGCUAACUGACUUUCGAAACCUCGGAUGCUACUAGGAAUGUGUUCGUCCUAUAAGAUGUUGUAUCUCUUAGCUGCUGUUGGAUCCCUUCACCUUCCCACUGCUUCCAUCUAAAUACUUACCCCCUUUUGACUAUUUAGGAACAAAGCGGCGACAGUCUUUUGA